AUGGAGGACAUGGCAGCAGGAAACCAUUGCACAGUGACUGAGUUCUUCUUGGCUGGACUCUCAGAGAAGCCAGAACUCCAGCUGCCCCUCUUCCUCCUCUUCACAGGAAUCUAUGUGAUCACUGUGGCAGGGAACCUGGGCAUGAUCACACUGAUUGGGCUCAGUUCCCACCUGCACACACCCAUGUACUACUUCCUCAGCAGUCUGUCCUUCAUUGACUUCUGUCAGUCCACUGUUGUUACCCCUAAAAUGCUGGUGAGCUUUGUGACGGAGAAGAACCUCAUCUCUUACCCCGGAUGCAUGACUCAGCUCUAUUUCUUCAUCACUUUUGGCAUUGCAGAGUGCUACACAUUAGCUGUAAUGGCAUAUGACCGCUAUGUUGCCGUCUGUAACCCCUUGCUUUACAAUGUAACCAUGUCCUAUCAGAUUUACAGUCCUCUGAUUUCAGGGGUGUAUAUUUUUGCUGUGGUUUGCGCUUCAAUAAUCACUGGCUUCAUGAUCCAGAUUCAGUUCUGCAAAUCAGAUGUGAUCAACCACUAUUUCUGUGACCUCCUUCCCCUCUUGAAACCUGCAUGCUCUAAUACGUAUAUCAAUGAAAGGUUAACUCUAUUUUUUAGUAUGUUUAAUAUCUGUGUUCCAGUGCUGACAAUUAUUACUUCCUACAUCUGCAUUAUUGCCACCAUCCUCCACAUUCGCUCCAGGGAGGGCAAGUUUAAAGCCUUCAGUACUUGUAGUUCCCACAUCUCUGCUGUUGCUAUCUUUUAUGGUUCUGGUGCAUUCAUGUAUUUACAGCCAUCAUCAGUGAAUUCUAUGGACCAAGCGAAAUGGUCAUCUGUGUUUUAUACUACUGUAGUACCCAUGCUGAACCCCUUGAUCUACAGCCUGAGGAAUAAGGAUGUCACUCUUGCAUUGAAGAAAAUACUUGAAAGAAAAAAAUUCAUGUAA